AGCAGCAGAGAGCGUACAUUUCCCCCACACCUCCCACCCCUCUCCCUCUCCCACCCUCCCCACCCUCCUCCCACCCUCCCCUCCACCUCAACCAGGAAGCGGAGAACAAACAGGAAAUGGCAGAGGUUCCUGGGUGACUCUUACGGCCACUGCAGGACUCAGCUCAGUGGCUGAACACGAAGACGCACUCCUCAGACAUUUGUUCCAAGGUUACCAGAAAUGGGUCCGCCCUGUGUUGAAUUCCAGUGACAUCAUAAAAGUGUAUUUUGGAUUAAAAAUAUCCCAGCUUGUGGAUGUGGAUGAAAAGAAUCAGCUGAUGACGACAAAUGUGUGGCUGAAGCAGGAAUGGACAGACCAAAAAUUACGCUGGAAUCCGGAAGAAUAUGGUGGAAUUAAUUCGAUAAAGGUUCCAUCAGAAUCGCUCUGGCUGCCGGACAUAGUUCUCUUUGAAAAUGCUGACGGACGUUUUGAGGGCUCCCUCAUGACCAAGGCCAUUGUGAAGUCCAGUGGAACCGUCAGCUGGACUCCUCCCGCCAGCUACAAGAGUUCCUGCACCAUGGAUGUCACAUUUUUCCCGUUCGACAGGCAGAACUGCUCGAUGAAGUUUGGAUCCUGGACUUACGACGGUACCAUGGUUGACCUCAUUCUAAUCAAUGAAAACGUUGACCGGAAAGACUUUUUUGAUAACGGAGAGUGGGAGAUACUCAACGCAAAGGGGAUGAAGGGCAACAGAAGAGAAGGCUUUUACUCCUAUCCGUUUGUUACCUACUCUUUUGUCCUGAGACGCCUGCCCUUGUUUUACACGCUCUUUUUGAUAAUCCCCUGCCUGGGGUUGUCUUUUCUCACGGUCCUGGUGUUCUACCUACCCUCGGACGAAGGGGAAAAACUCUCAUUAUCCACCUCCGUUUUGGUCUCUUUGACGGUGUUUCUUUUAGUGAUUGAAGAAAUAAUCCCGUCCUCUUCGAAGGUCAUCCCCCUCAUUGGCGAGUACCUCCUCUUCAUUAUGAUUUUUGUCACGCUGUCUAUUAUCGUCACGGUUUUUGUAAUUAAUGUCCACCACAGAUCUUCCUCAACGUACCAUCCCAUGGCCCCCUGGGUGAAGAGGCUGUUUCUACAAAGACUCCCGAGAUGGCUUUGCAUGAAGGACCCCAUGGACCGCUUCUCUUUCCCGGAUGGAAAGGAGAGUGAUACAGCCGUGAGGGGGAAAGUCUCAGGCAAAAGGAAACAGACUCCCGCCAGCGAUGGAGAAAGAGUUCUGGUCGCUUUCCUCGAGAAGGCCUCCGAGUCCAUCAGAUACAUUUCGAGGCAUGUGAAAAAGGAACACUUCAUCAGCCAGGUAGUGCAAGACUGGAAAUUUGUGGCUCAAGUUCUGGACCGCAUCUUCCUGUGGCUCUUUCUGAUAGCUUCUGUGUUGGGUUCCAUUCUGAUUUUUAUUCCAGCCUUGAAGAUGUGGAUACAUCGUUUCCACUAGGAGCCACUCUCUGGACCCAUUUAGAAGACAUACAUAGAGACAAUCCCACCUUAGGACUGACAGCGGCUGGCAUGCUGACAGGAAGCAGAGCCAUGCAAUCGUAGUGGUGCCCUUGUCUUGUCCUGGGAGCUUUCUGUGAUUGCAGGGCACUGAGAGAAUGUGGGUUUGAGUUAGUGAGAUGGUGGCUGCCAUUAGAGGUGUAGUUGGGCAAUUUGGAGACGUCUCCAUGUUAUAUUGUUAUGUGGGAGUUCCUGAACUACUCCCUCUGCUCAUCCCUGAACGCACUGGGGCUAUGUGGUAUUUCUCUAGCAGUGUGCGUGAACGCAUUUUGACAAUAGUUUCAGGAAUUACGCAGGUACAACUCUCCACACACAGGUCAAAUUUGCCACUUGUCAACGAGUGUCCCACAAAUAGGGUCAUUGAAGAUGACCUUGAAUGGCUAUGACAGUUCUCUAAGGCAGGUGUUACUGGAAGUUUGCUCACUGACCUGCGAACUUUUCGAAUGCAGGUAGGAACUCGGGUGAUUUCUAGCUUGCUGUAAGGUUCCAUCAAAAUAACUUACCCCAGAAAAACAGCCAUUCGCUAGUAGAACUGUAUUUAUUCACACACAUCUCUUUUUUUUCUCUUAGGGAAUUAAAAGUGUUGAAUAUUCUUUGAUUGUGGUUUUGGAAGGCCUCUUAGCCAGUGUUCUAUUACUGUGAAGAGAUACCAUGACCAUGGCAAAAAGAUCAGAGGUUUAGUCCACUUUCAUUACAGUGGGAAGCAUGGUGCCGCUCGGCAGAUACGGUGCUAGACAUGUACAUCUGGAUCUGCAGGCAGCAGGAAGAGAGAGACUGGCCUGGGUUUUUGAAAUCCCAAAGCACAUCCCCAGUGACACACUUCAUCCAGCAAAACUCCACCUCUAGGUCCUUCUCAAGUAGUGCCAAGCCCUGAUGACUAAGUACUAGGAUACAGGAACCUAGGGGGGCCAUCCCUAUUCGAGCCAUUUCAGAUAGAACUGGUUUUCACAGAGUCAUCUGCCUUCGCCUUCCUCUCCCUGUGUCUCCCUCCUUUCCACAUCUCACCUCAUGCUCCUCCAGGACUGUCAGGGAGUGUCUAUCAGAUUGACUUUGCUGCUGCUGCUAUUGAGUCUUUCCUGGGUUUUGUUAAAGGAGUUUGUUCCUUCACAUUGGUGAAGCCCUGCACUCUGUUUUAUUUCAGACAUGGUUCUUCUAAGCAGUUUAUCCCUGAGAUUUUAAAAACCCUAGUCUAAGGUUUUAUUUUUAGAUUAUUAUCACUGCAUACAUACAGUAAGUAAUUUUUUUCUUCCAAAACCGCUUAAGCUUUUAUCAUCUUCAGUCUUAGAAAUGUCAUACCGUGUCUAAGAGAAUGACAUCCAUCCAUCUUUAUUUCUGUUAUCUCUCCACCCUCCCCUUCCCCUCUCCUUUCUUUCCAUCUCCUCUCUCUGCACUUGAUGACUAAUGUCUUCAAACUCUGCAGAGCUCUCCUAUUUCUUUUACCAUUUCUGUUCUCCAUUUUCUCUCUUUGCCUCUUAAAGUUUCUGUUAAAACUUCUUGUCAUUGCUGGGCCCAUUCUCCAUGUUUAUUAACUAAUUGGUUGACUCCUCUUCUUUCAUACUUUUAAAUUCUUUAAUGAUAUUUUCUUAAUUCUUUGACAAUUAUGAACAACAUAUUUUGAUCCUAUUUAUCCCGAAUGCGUCCCCUGUAACUUCUUCUAGACCUAUUCCCUCACCCUAUCCCCCAACAUCUGGUCCUAAUUAAUUAAUUAAUUAAUUAUUAAUAAAUGUGCUGCAUGCAUACUUUGGUGUGGUCCCAGUCUUACGCCACAUCUCUGUAGCUGGCUCCUUUCUGGCUGUACAAGGCUGUGUGAUUAAGGGAGGGUGGGAGCCUUUGCUAAUAGCACAGUGGGGGUCUCUACACUGAGACUGCGGGGAUCAUACUUCCUCCCCUGGCAACCAUAUCCUGCACCAACCUCUCACUGCCCAUGGUGGAUUCAACCCUUGGUCACACUUCCCUAGCUAAUCUUUCUUGGACUCUUCAAAUGGCAUUUACCCAGCUGUGUGGGGGGAAUGGUGUGAACCCUGGUUUGGAGUUCCCACCGAGGUGGGCCAGUUGAAGGAGAAUCUCUGCCUCAGGCUCUCCUUGCACAGACUACACAGCUCCCUCACCUCACUGCUAACUGUAUGCCCAGCUCUUGUCCGAUCCAGCAUGGAAGAUGGAUUUUUAGAGAAAUGAAUAAAUACAGUGGAAUAAGAGCUAGGUCAUGUGGAUUUCUGGUCCUAGCUUUGUGGCUAACCAAUGUUGUGAGCGGUGGUCUUUAAACUAGCUGUCUCCUAGAGGACUUUUUAGCUUGUGGAUCAGUAGAGUAAGGUAAGGAUUGAUGACAUUUGAAGUUCUCCUCAGUCCCACACUCUAUCUUUUGGAGGUUUGCUAUGGGACUUCCUCAGUGUUUAACCACAUGGUUCCUAUCUGUAGCUUCAUUCCUUGCAGGACAUGGUGGAGAAGUGGGGGGCGGGGCGCGCUAUAGUCUGCUCUGUGGCUACCUCAGGGUAGACUUUGCAGAAACAGAUUGUGAUAAAAAUCAAGGCUUAAUUAUGACUUCCUGGGGAUAAAAGGACAAGUAGUAUUAUUCCCCCUCCUUCAGGUUGGCUUUCCACAUCACAUUUGACAUGUAAUUAUGCUAGGAAAAGUGCAGUAUUAAUGUUAGGAAAAGUGUUUGGAUCUGAACUUAGCUUUACGUUUGGAAAAUACCAGCACAAUCCAUUUCCCACAACAAAUAUUUUCUGACAGAAUCAAAUACAGAAAAGAUUAAGCCUCAGUGUGUGCAUCUGGCUUAUGAUUACUACCAGCUGAAGUGAAGAUGACAUUAAUAAAUCCAAAUAUAGAAAAAGGGUAAGGAUUUACCUAUUGCAGUGAUCCUGGGAGAGUAUUCCCAAGAAUAAUGUUGAAGCAAGGAAAUCUUAAGGGCGGAGAGAGGGCAAGCAUGUAAAGGCAGUGUCACCCAAACCUGAGGGUCUGAGUUUAAUACCCAUAACCUGCCUGGUGGAAGGAGAGAACUGACUUCCAUUUAGGUAUCCUUCAACACCACCUCCCUAAACGCCCUAGUAUAUGUGUAUGCACACACAGAGUCAGUCUCUCUCUCUCUCUCUCUCUCUCUCUCUCUCUCUCUCUCACACACACACACACACACACACACACACACACGCACACACAUGAAUAAAAAAAUAAAGGAAAGUAUAGAAAUUUUAACUUCAUAUGUAUGGGGAGAAAAAUCUGUGGGCAAAAUUGUCUAGUUGAUCCCAAUCAGUGGGUGUUGGAAGAUAUGUACAUUCUUGAGUUGACAUCAUCAUUUGGCUCUCCGUUCUCACCUUCCACCUCCUGAGGCGGUCUUCACAGAACACCACCCUACAGACCUCCCUGUCUCUGGUGUUUCUCUUUGCCCUACAUGGUUUCGAGCAUGAUUGUUCUGUUUUAGUGAGGGUUAGUUCUUUCCCUGUGUCUUUGACAUCUCCAUCACACCUCCAACAUGUCUAAUUGGGCUGAGUGUGUAGACAAGACCUAUUUAAUGUAUUUUCAUUAAACCAGAAACUAGAAGGUUUUUUUUAAUUUAACAAGCAGUUGACUGAGACAGACCCAGAUAAACCCAACCAUUGGACUGAAGUCAGGGACCCCUGUGGUUGAAUUAGGGAAAGCCUAGAAGAAGCUGAGGAGGAGGGUGGCCCCAAAGGAAGACCAACAGCCUCUAACCUGAACCCCUGAGAUCUCUCAGACACUGAGUCACCAACCAGGCAGCAUACACGAGCUGGUUUGAGGUCCCCCAACACAUAUACAGGAGCAGACUGCCUGGUCUGGUCUCAGUGGGAGAAGACACACCCAACCCUCAAUAGACUUGAGGUCCCAGGGAGUAGGGGAGGCCUGGUGAGGGGUAGGGUGAACAUCCUCUUGGAUGAAGAGGAAUGGAAUAAGGAACUGUGAGAGGGUGGACUGGGAGGGGGACAAUGACUGGAAUGUAAAAAAAAAUUAAAGAGUAAAAAAAUUAUAUAUAUACAUAUAUAUAAUAUUCAUAUUUCUACCUUCCCUCCAAACCCUUUUUUAUAUUCCUCCUCACUCUUUCAAACUUAUGACCUCUUUUUUCAUUGUUAUUGCAUAAAUAUAUGUCUUUUAUAUACAUUUAUAUUCCUAUAUAUAACCUGUUCACUCUAUAUAAUACUACCUGCAUGUAUGAUUUCAGACCUGAGCCUUUGGCGCUGCCUGACCUAUUGGUCUACUCUUCUCUUGGGAAGAAUACCUCUCCUAUCCCCAGCUUUCCUCAGCUACCUAUGGUUUUUGUGUGUGGUUGAGGCUCAUCCCUCCCACGCCCCAUCCAGUCAGACAUGCUCCACUUGUUGAGCAUGAGUUGGUGAGACUAUGGAUGCGGCUUCUGAUGCUCUAGAAGACACAGUCUCACAGCAAACCCCCCAAUUCCCCAACACUCUGGCAUCUACAACCCUCCCUCCCUCGUUGGCGAAGACCGUGAGUUUUCAGCUUGAGAAUGUUUUGUAGAUGUGUCCAUCAGGACUGGGCCUCACAACUGCAUCUUGAUCAGCUGUGGUUUUCUGUCGUCGCCUGUUGUAAAGAGAAGACUCCUUGAUGAAGGGUGAGGCCUACGCUUCUCUGUGGGUGGAAGGACAGAUGUUUGCAGAUUGUUUUAGAGAUGACGAUGGCUUGGAAAAUUAGUCUUAGGAUUCUCCUCCAGUAACCAUGACUUCACUAGCACUGUUGUUAGUUAGGUUUUCAGCACUAGGCAUUGUUUUCUCUUGUUGAGUGGGUCUUAAGUCCAACUAGAGAGUUGUUGGUUACCAACAAAGUAUGCAUGCCACUACUGCACCGUUAGGGUCAUCAUGUCUUGCUCAUCAUUGAUGUGGUUCAAAGGUGUCCUAGCUGGGGAGGACUUUUGGUUGCCUCCCUCUUUGGAAACUCCCAUGCGCACUUCUGGAUACUAGAAGUGUUUUGUUGGGCUAUCCAUGUGGCUUCCUCUUGUGUGGCCUGUCCCAACAUUUCUAGCUCUGGGCAUCACUUUCAAUGUGCACCUUGAAAUAAUUCUUACAUGAGAACAUUUUGAGAGUGAUAUGGUCAUGUUUAACAAGGCAAUUCAUCGAGAUUAUUCUGCCUCAGACGUACUUGGCUUUGCAGUUAACUGUGUUAGAACAGGACCUGGAGCAGGGUCAUAUUUGCUAUGCCUUGGAAAUCCUUUUCAGUCUCUUCCUUGGCAAUGGUUUUCAUGGGAGGACUAACUCUGCUAUCACCGAGAAUGUCUCACCUUUUCAUUUCUGAGUCUUCUUACUUCAGAUGUCAUCUGACUUGUUCCUUUGUCCCUUGAAUUUCCCGUAGUCUAGUGUGACAACAGCGAUCCUGACUGCUUUCUUAUCAUUGGCUGGAACACAUCACAGCAGGUAAUGGGAAGUCUGGUUUGCAGCCUACAAGCACUCAUACUCUCUGGCUGCCAUGUCAUUAUUGUUAUGAUUAAUCAGUGAAUUCAGAUGGUGACAGUUUGAUGCCAUCACCAUGUCUAGUAGUAAGCUGGGUAGCACAGCCUGUGGCCAACGUACACAGCCAACAUAUAAUAUCUACGGUCUUGGACCCUGUAAGGAUGGUAUCUAAUUAGACACAUGGAGCACUGAAAUUUCCAAAGAACCAUGUUGAGAACAGUGCUUUGAUUGUCUCAAAGUUUGCCGUAGUCAGGGUUUCUGUUCCUGCACAAACAUCAGGACCAAGAAGCAAGCUGGGGAGGAAAGGGUUUAUUCAGCUUACACUUCCACAUUGCUGUUCAUCACCAAAGGAAGUCAGGACUGGAACUCAAGCAGGUCAGGAAGCAGGAGCUGAUGCAGAGGCCACGGAGGGAUGUUACUUACUGGCUUGCUUCCCCUGGCUUGCUCAGCCUGCUUUCUUGUAGAACCCAAGACCACCAGACCAGGGAGGGCACCACCCACAAUGGGUCCUCUCACCCUUGAUCACUCGUUGAGAAAAUGCCUUACAGCUGGAUCUCAUGGAGGCAUUUCCACAACUGAGGCUCCUUUCUCUGUGAUAACUCCAGCUUGUGUCAAGGUGACACACAAAACCAGCCAGUACAAAGUUCUAUCUCUGAAGUAAGUGGUAUUGUGCAUUAGAAUGAGUUCACUUAAUGAUGAUGACGCUUAUUUCUCUGUAACCUGACAAGUAUUUCCUUCUUCACCAUACGUUCUGUUCAGUAUACCAAUAAAAUAACAGUGAAAACAAAAA